GAAAUUUGCAUUCUUGACUUCCACCUUCCUCCCUCUCCUGCACUUUUUGGAUAUCUGCGACUCGCCCUCCCGCCCUCCUCUCAUCGUCCAGCUACCCAAUCCUCAUCUCAGAAGGUGACUUUCACAGUAUUUCAGCCAGUAUGGCCUCAGUGUCUACUACACAAACUACAGCGGUAGAAGCCCCUUCUUCUUUCGCACCAUCUCUGUCGUUUUCAGGGUCUUCGUCGACCGCGUCAGUCCCAAGACCACUGAAACGGCACUUAACAUCAGACCUCGACUUCCUCGCUCCUGCAGCGGCAACCUUCAAACCACAUCCUUAUACUCCGGCCAACCUGGCAAAUUCCAAUCUUAGUGGCUCUCGCAAUCGGUACUUGCACAGUACGCGUCAGCAAAAUCGCGCCACCUCUACUUCGCCCCCUCUCACCCUCGAUGUUUCCGAAAAAGAUCCAGACGCCGUAUUCAUUCACCCGCCUUUUGAAUCCUUCCCGGGUGCAGAGACAUUCCCAGAGGGCCUCACUUAUACUCUGAUGACUGAACAUCUCGACUGGUUCCUCGACCCUAAAGACUACCUACCGCUAGAGGGACCCCGUUUUAAACCAGAUGCUAUUCCUUAUCCUCCAUACUUAGAACCACCACGAGGAUGGUGUCCGGCCAAGAAGAGGGACCUGAAGGACAAAGGACUUGAUGGUUGGGCUGAAGGCGAAGAGCCACGACUUCGUUGCACUUUCUGUAGACGAAACUAUGCCGGUGUAAAUGCUAAGAGUAUGUGGAGGAGGCAUGUUUUCGAAAAGCACAAAGUUGCCAUGUCAAAUCGUCGCGAAGGGUGCGAGCGUCCCCGUGGACGAGGCUCUACUAAGGAAAACAGGCAGCCGGGAACUUCAAGGGAAAAGACUCUCGAUAGUGUCAUUGGCAUGGAUGUUGCUCCUCAAACCAAUGCGCACAAUACCACACAUAAGUCUAAAUUUCAUUCUCUGCUGCCUGUGUCAUGCAGCCAGAAAGAUGUGCCAACUCUUCCUUUAUCUGCUGAAAAUGCCACUGCUUUGCGGCCCUCACCUUCACCCCCCUCAACACCGCCCCCAAUGUCAUCGUCCGAUGCAACAACUGGCUUAUCGCCUUGCCCCGCACCUUUUCCAUCGUCUCCUUAUGAUCCCUCCUUGACACCCUCAUUCCGUCAUUGCUCCCCUAGCCCGCCCUCCGAACACCCUUGGAGAUAUCCCAGUCCUAGCCACCCUUUGCAUUCACGUCAAUGUGAAAUCUCUUUGAGCGAUCUGCGCUCGCCAAUUAUCAAGAAAGACAUCCAGAAUAGUGCCAGUCCUAAGACGGGUACACCAGAAGCAUCGCUACGCAAAUUUUCCCUUGUGUGUCAGACAUUGGACUCUAAAAUCCUCUGUCCUUCUUUGCCUUUAUCUUUCCCUCCCUCUCCGAAGGAACUGUAUUCGCCACUAACUGGUUCGGUGACAUCCUGGCGUCGGUCCUCCCAUCCAAAUUCUCCUUUUGUAUUGGACGCCCAGCUAACGCAACAUCAUAAUUUGACCGUCACCACUGAGGAUUGGUUUCCGAGGUUUGAAGAUUCCUUGAUGUCAACCUUUGAGCCACCGACAAAGACAUCAGUCGAGUUCACCGGGGAGAGCCCAAUAUUAAGAAGCCGAACUCUUCCUCAUGAUGUGGGCCUAGGGAUAGGUCUGUUAGAACCUUUCACCCUUCUCGACGAUCCUUCGGGUUCGGAGGAUGAUGACGAAACCGAAGUGGAGACGCUCAUUGCAGCCAGUCAUUCUCUUGCGGAAAACAACUCUAGAGACGCAUCUCCACCUUUCAAGAGAAGAAAGCUUGUCGAUGUCUUAGGAUGAAGGUAGAUGGUUUCCCGCACCUCUUGAUUUGAUCUCUGCUAUCCAUGUUAUGCCGUGUCUACUAUUAUAUCUCUCAAAUAUUGUUCGUUUUCUGUUGUCGUUUUCUGUGUCUUUCAGUUUAUUUAUCAUCUUUGAUCUUUUGCCAGUGAUAUGGUGGCACUGCAGGCUGUUCAUAUGCAUGAACCAUCACUUGUACAUACUUUUCCAGUGUCUAGUUGUACCGCUAUCGUGUAUCCCAAGUUACUGUAAUUAUGGAAUUGUCUGUAAGAUAACACAAUGUAGAACAAUGCUAAGUCUAGCACUAGUGUCAAUAAUG